AUGUCCUUACAGCCUGCCUUGCUGGGUGCCUGUGUCCCUCCUGUUAACCUACAGCAGUCACUUCUUCUCGAUCAUUCACGCAUCAGGCUUGGACUCGAGAGAGCAGACACAGCUGGAAAGGCUCUUACCGUCAUAGUGGAUUUGCUAGAAAAAUAUGGACAGGGAGGAAACUGUAUGGAGAGCCCCAUGGCAUUUACAUACCAUAACAGUUUUCUGAUAGCCGACAGAAAGGAAGCAUGGGUGCUGGAGACAUCAGGAAAAUACUGGGCAGCAGAAAAAGUAGAAGGAGGCGUACGGAAUAUUUCCAACCAGCUCUCUAUCACAACCAAGAUUGACAGAGAACACCCGGAAUUGAGGGAAUAUGCCAAAAGCAAGGGCUGGUGGGACGGGGAAAAGGAAUUUGAUUUCGCUGCCGCAUAUUCUUACGUAAAUACCGCCAGAAUGACCACAUCCAGAGGCCGAUAUUGUGAAGGCUAUAAACUUCUGAACAAACACAAAGGAUCUAUCACUUCUGAAAUAAUGAUGGAAAUUCUUCGUGACAAAGAGAGUGGCAUUAACAUGGAAGGUGGAUUUAUGACAACUGGAAGCAUGGUGUCUGUAUUGCCUCAGCAAGCUGAUCUGCCGUGUAUUCACUUCUUUACCGGAACUCCAGAUCCUGCGAGGUCUGUAUUCAAGCCUUUCAUUUUUGUGCCCAAUGUGACUCAGUUAUCAAAAACUAGAUCCCCUACAUUUGGUAAUGAUGAUCCAGUUAAGAAGCAACCACGUUUUCAGAGUAAGCCAGAUCGAAGACAUGAGCUCUAUAAAAAACAUGAAAGUGCUGCUGUAGUUAUGGAAACCGUCAAGGGCAAAGGUAAAGAGAUGCUGAAAGAGAUGCAGGAGUUGGAGAAACAGAAGAUAAGUGAAAUGGAAUCAAUCCUGCAAAACGGAUGUCUUGACACUAACCAAGUGGUUAACCUUUUUUCACAGUGUGUAGAAGAAGAACUCAAAAUAUAUAGCUAAAACUACUCUUUCAGUGUGGUAAAAUUCAGAUUUACGAUUACCUUUUCUAAUGAAGUGGCUGUAUAGAUUACAUCUUAUUUUCAAUAUGCCAGCUCAUAUGGACAGUUUUAAAGAUGCAGAUUCAUAUUCAGGCCAGACAGCUUUUGGUUGUAAGAAGCAACGCUGAAAAGGCUCUUAAGAGCUAGGCAGUGGCUUUGUCUGUACGUGGCAUAAAGCUGUCAGCAAAGAUUGAUUUUGCCGACAAACAGGUGCAAUUAGAAUGUAAUAGCUUGACUAAAUUGCUGAACAAUCCCAUCUCUGGAUGAAGAACACGAACUCAGAUUUGGAGAACUCUUGUUUUAGUGUAGACACAGGUAGCUUUUACAGUCAAGAUGAUUGUAGCAGAAUUUCACAUUGCCUGAAUUAAAAUGGCCAUGCUGAAGGACUUUCUAAAAUGUAGAAGCUAUUACUUGCACUGAAUAAAAAGGAAAGUGAUAUGCAAGUCAAGUAAGCUUGAUAUUCAGCUGUUU